UGUGAGCGCGCACGCAGCGUCUGCCGUUGUCCUCGUGAGUGGGUUUUGAAAAGCCGUACGAAGAGGGAGCGACGGAAAAGAAUUGUCAGUCAGUGGCUUUUGGCUUUGCAUUAUGAUGUCCCCCGUAUUCCCUCUGCAGUAAGCACACAAAGGUUAUGCUGCCCAAAAGCACCCCGCUGAGUCUGAGUGAGAAAGAAAAGGGCUAACCUCUCCAUCCAUCCAGUGCACUGUGUUGAUCUGCAGAGACCCCCUGGGAGCCAUGAGUGACAGCCAGCGAUCCAGUGAUGUCAGCCCAACUGUGGCCUCCGUCAUCCACAUUCCAGAGUCAUCAACUUCACCCCCUCGCAACACACUACAAGCAGUUGAUGAAGAGGGGGACCUGAACAAGGCCCUUGGGGUAGAGCGCUUUGAGCAGAUCCUGCACCCUGCUCCAAGGGUCCGAGAUGAGCAGCACCGCACCUACAAUGAAGAGGAUUUUGAGUACCACCGCCAUUCCUCCCAUCAUAUCCACCAGCCCCUGUCUAAACACCUGCCUACUGAGAGCCGCAAAAAGAAGGGAAGCAAAAAGAAGAGGGGUGGGUCUCGGAGGAGGGGCUCAGGGACUAGCAGUGCUCCCACCAUUGAGGAGGAUGAGGAAGAUGAAGAGGUAGAGGAGGAGUCCUGCAGCCAGCAUGAUGCAGGACUGCCCCUUACUUCACCUGACACAGACACUGAUGUGCAGACUCAGGAGGUGCAGUUCUUUGUUGAAGAUGAUGAACCAUCACUCGCUGUUGCUAGCAAAUCUGACAGCCAUGGACCCUCCCGCCAGCUGGAAAUUGUUCCUGAGUCUGCCUUUACUAGAGGGUCCUCCCUCUCAGAGGAUGCCACACCCACUGAUAACCUUGUGUCAGCCUGUCCAAAAGGCAGCAAUGGGGUACCCAGCUCCACCCCAGCUUCCCCUACCUCACCCACACCCUCCACCUCCUCUAAGCCCAGCCAGGCAGGGCGUAGCUAUGACCUGCAGGAACGACGCCGCACGGGCAAUAUGACAGCUGCUGAGCACACCCGCUUCCAGCGUAUCCCCACAGAUGAGAGUGAAGCACAGAUGCUGGCCACAGUAGACCUAGAUGGCAUCAAGAGCCACCGGUUCGAAGAUGUCCCUGGUGUGCGACGUCACCUGGUCAGGAAGAGCACCAAGGGCCAUGUGGUGCACAUCAGCAAGGACCACAAGGAGCCCAGCACCCGCAGCCGAAAGCUGGACCGUACACCACAUGAGGUGUUUGUGGAGCUGAACGAGCUGAUCAUGGACAAGAACCAAGAGAUGCAGUGGCGGGAAACGGCCCGGUGGAUCAAGUUUGAGGAAGAUGUAGAGGAAGAGACGGAACGCUGGGGCAAGCCCCAUGUUGCCUCCUUGAGCUUUCGCAGCCUGCUGGAGUUACGUAGGACCAUCGCUCAUGGAGCUGUCCUCUUGGACCUGGACCAGAAGACCCUGCCUGGCAUUGCCCAUCAGGUGGUGGAGCAGAUGAUAAUCUCAGACCAGAUCACAGCGGCUGACCGGGCCAACGUACUGAGAGCCCUACUGCUCAAACACAGCCAUCCAAGCGAUGAGAAGGAGCACACGUUCCCCAGGAACAUCUCAGCAUCCAGUUUGGGCUCCUUAAUGGUGCACCAUCACAGCAGCAACCACAUUGCUCAGCCAGAGCCUUGCGUCACUGAACCACUUAUGGGUGGAUUGACUGCCAGUUCUGAGAACGAUGCUCGUAUUGACAUAGACAAAAAUGAGAAGGAAGCAACCCCAGUGUUGGGCAUGCACAGGUCAAAGUCAAAGCAUGAACUGAAGCUGCUGGAGAAGAUCCCUGAGAAUGCUGAGGCCACAGUUGUCCUUGUUGGUAGCGUAGACUUCCUGGAGCAGCCCACCAUGGCAUUUGUACGGCUACAGGAAGCCGUGCUGCUUGAGUCGGUCUUGGAGGUGCCAAUACCAGUCCGCUUCCUCUUUGUCCUGCUUGGACCUCCCAGCACCAACAUGGACUACCAUGAGAUAGGGCGCUCCAUCUCCACACUCAUGUCUGACAAGCAAUUCCACGAUGCAGCCUAUUUGGCAGACGAACGGCAGGACCUGCUGAAUGCCAUCAACAGCUUCCUGGACUGCAGCAUUGUGUUGCCCCCCUCAGAGGUGGGUGGGGAGGAGUUGCUGCGCUCUGUGGCACGAUUCCAGAGGGAGAUGCUGCGCAAGAGAGAAGAGCAGGAGAUUAAGCUCCUGGCCAAAGAGCCCAAAAGCCCUGAGGAGAAAGAGGCUCUCCUCACACCCUUCAAGCCCAGCGAUGACCCCCUCCAACGGACAGGACGACUCUUUGGUGGCCUCAUUAGGGAUGCCCGUCGCCGCUAUCCAAAGUACGCCAGUGACUUCAAAGAUGCCCUAAACGCUCAGUGCAUGGCAGCUGUCAUCUUCAUCUACUUUGCGGCUCUCUCUCCUGCUAUCACAUUUGGAGGCCUGCUAGGGGAGAAGACAGAUGGGCUGAUUGGUGUGUCAGAGCUGAUCAUUGCCACAGCAAUGCAGGGUAUCCUGUUCUGCCUACUGGGUGCGCAGCCCCUUCUCGUGGUGGGCUUCUCGGGGCCCCUGCUGGUAUUCGAGGAGGCCUUCUUCUCUUUCUGCAAAGCCAACCAGAUGGAGUACCUGACCGGACGAGUGUGGAUUGGCUUCUGGCUCAUUAUCAUCGUGGUGCUCAUGGUGGCUUUUGAAGGCAGCUUCCUGGUCCGCUUUGUCUCCCGCUUCACCCAGGAGAUCUUUGCCUUCCUCAUAUCCCUUAUCUUCAUCUACGAGACAUUUUCCAAGCUGGCCAAGAUCUUCCAGGAACAUCCUCUCAGGAGCUGUUCCCCUAACACCACCACAUUGAUGAACAGGGACAGAGGCAAUGGAACAACUGCUGCCACAGCUGUCAGGACCCGGGGUGAGCCAAACACUGCCCUGCUGUCCUUGGUGCUGAUGUCAGGGACCUUCUUCAUUGCCUUCUAUCUGCGCAAGUUCAAGAACAGUGCCUUUUUCCCAGGCAGGCUUCGCAGGGUGAUCGGAGACUUUGGGGUACCCAUCGCCAUCCUCAUCAUGGUCCUGGUGGACUACAGCAUUGAGGACACCUAUACACAGAAACUGAGCGUGCCACUUGGUUUCUCUGUGACCAGCCCAGAAAAACGUGGCUGGGUUAUCAACCCGCUGGGCUCCGAUGGACAGUUCCCUAUCUGGAUGAUGGCAGCCAGCAUCCUCCCUGCUGUGCUGGUCUUUAUCCUCAUCUUCAUGGAGACACAGAUCACAUCGCUCAUUGUCAGUAAGAAGGAGCGGAUGCUUGUGAAGGGCUCUGGCUUCCACCUGGACCUGCUGAUCAUUGUGGCAAUGGGCGGUGUCUCUGCAAUCUUUGGCCUGCCAUGGCUGGCUGCCGCCACUGUGCGCUCUGUUACCCACGCCAAUGCCCUGACAGUCAUGAGCAAGGCUGUGGCUCCCGGGGACAAGCCUCGAAUCCAGGAGGUCAAGGAGCAGAGAGUGACAGGCCUGCUUGUGGCAGUACUUGUGGGCCUCUCCAUUGUGAUUGGAGAGCUCCUCCGUAAGAUUCCCAUUGCUGUGCUCUUUGGGAUCUUUCUUUAUAUGGGUGUGAUGUCACUCAAUGGCAUCCAACUCACGGAACGCAUGCUGCUGCUGCUCAUGCCCCCCAAGUACCACCCUGACCACAGCUAUGUGCGCAAGGUGCGCACCUUGCGCAUGCACCUCUUCACAGGAAUCCAAGUGAUUUGCCUAGCAGUCCUGUGGGCAGUAAUGUCCACUGUAGCUUCAUUGGCCUUUCCUUUCGUCCUCAUUCUUACUGUGCCCGUCAAGAUGUUCCUCCUUCCCCGGAUUUUCACUGCUCGCGAGAUGCAAUGUCUGGACGCAGAUGAGGCAGAUCCCACGUUUGACGAGAAGGAGGGGCAGGACGAGUACACAGAGAUGCACAUGCCAGUGUGAGCAACACCCUCUGCUGGUCGUGCCAAGCUGUCAGCCACUCAGCCAGUCGCACAAGGGCAACGGGGAGUUUGCCUUCUAAGGGAAAUGUCCCACCCAGCCCAACAUCUUUUAAAUGUCGUUGUUUGUGAUUUUAUAUUACCAUCCAUAUUUGUAUAAUUUUUAUUUGUAUUUGAAUCAUUCUUUUAAUCUGUUUUUCGCAUUUAGGUAUAGUCUAGUUUUUUGACAUAUAACAUAGGUAGAGUUGUGGGGGGGUAUAAGUUGGAACAAAAGGGCUCCAGUGAGUUUAUUCCACUGCCCAUUCAGCACCUUGUCUGUUUCUGUGCAGAGGUACACAGCAGGGGCUUGUGAUGGCGGUGCGUAGCACAAAUGAGGUGAUUUAACCAACUGAAUUAUUCCAAGGAAACAGUAGUGUUGGUCAUUUAUUAUUGCGUAUUAGUUUAAUUCUGUUACUGUUUUUUGUCAAACAGAGCUUUAGUUUUGUCCUGAACAAGCCUCAAGUUCUGACAUUUCUACAUGUGGCACCACCUUAUGGGUAUAUGGUGCACUGGACUAGCCCGGAGAGUGCAGCCAGCUGCUGGAGGCCUGGUGAUGUAUUAACUGGUAUUCAGCACCAGUCCCACAGUGUGUAAAGCCUCCUUGCUGCCUCUCCUUGUGCUCCAGGGAUCUAUACAGACCUUCAACUGAGAUACUCUGGUUAGAAAGCAGAAAGAUGCUUGAUGGAGAAUGGCAACUGGGGAAAGAACUUAAUAUUGAGGCAGCAAGAGUCCAUAAAGAUAACUACAGUACAUAGUCAGCGUUGCUUUAGCCAUGUUUGGUGCUCACAGCAGUGUUUCACAUAGCUGAUGUUGACGAUGUUUAGCCUUCAGAUUCAGUAGGAAUCAAAUGUCUGCAUGAAAUUAGGAUUGACUGGCUUACUGCACCUACAGUGUCAACAGCAGAUAAGAUCAGUAUAACUCGUAAAUUUCUACAAAUAACUGUCAGCCACUAAUUUAGUGUCACUACAAGAGUACAGUGUGAUUUGUAUUAGUACAUUGUAUCGCCUCAAGGUCUUGUAUACAUUUAUGCACUUGCUGCUUUGUUUUUAAACUGGAACAAGAUCUUAUAAAGCUGAACCUGUAAUGAAAAAUUAUAGUCUGAAUUUAGAAAAAUGACUGUUAGUGAACAUUAGGGGAAAACACUAUUUCUUUAUUUAUAGAAGAUGAUCCUGUUUGAUCUCUUACUGAAUUAUUACUUAAGCUUUGUGGCUGUGCAAUCGUUUUGAGUCAUUUCUGUCAUCUGUAGUACCAAAGAGGCCGUAUAAGGUACUGGAGAGUUAUUUUAUGAUGGUGUUUCACAGAACGUUGGUGUGAUUGUGGGACUUGGCCAAGGUUGAUGCUCUGCUGAUAGAUGGUGGGGGGGCACACUAAAGCAUUAUGUCCCCCCCAUGAGAUGAGCCACACUGUGAUUUAUGGCAAAUACUGUUAAGACUUCAUAUCCAGCACUCCUUGGUCAUAAUCAGUGGAUGCAGACUUACAUUAAAUCACUUGAAUUUUAUAACCAAAUUACCAUGCUUGAUGUUGCACAUUCUCAGAUGUAUUCCUGCUGUGGGUUGGUAAGUUUCUUUUGACAUGUGCUCAGAAUAGUAACAGCGGUGACUGUUUUGUAGGAUGUUGCUUGAGACACAUCAAAGCUUGUCAAAAGUUAAUGUGUUAAAUUCUAGUAAUGUUUCAGCUGUAUUGCGUUUGUGCGUUUGAAUGAAAAUGGCUUUUUACUGUGCCCUCCCAUAGUAAUGAAUGAAUGCAGUUGGUGCCUUGCAAAGGGUACACAUCUCUCUCUACUAUUGUUCUGUGAAACUACAGCUUGUGCUGAUUUGUCUUUUCGCUAGUAAUUUUUUAGACACUAAAUCCAGCAUAAAGUGUCUCAUUUUUGCCAUAUUGCAGCCUGGCAGCCACAUGGUGGGAAUGUAUUGCUGGAAUUAAAAUGCCUUCUUUUUCAACACAGUACCUGGGACAGAAAGUCCUUCCCUAACAUUGUUGGUUAGAGACCACUAAGGUGUAUACUAGUGAAGCAGUAUAAUUUGGAUUUUAAUUAAUUAGUGUUAAAUUUUUAAAUUCAGAUUUUCCAAUAAAAUGUCCAAUUUAUUAGCUGUGAUAGGAAUAACUGGGAGAGAUUUCUAGAGUUUAGGGCAUUCACCUUCUGUCAUACAGAAGGGAAUUUGCUUUAACACCAUGGAAGAAAACAGGAUCAAUUUAAAUUUGCCUGUUUGUAAACAGUGUACUACUUGGUGUACAUGUUAUUUUUGAAGGUGGGGGGGGGGAUGCUGUUUGAGUAUCAAAUAAGAGGGGUAUGUAGCAACUUUCCAAAGUUGUCUGAUUUCAGGAAGAAAACAGUUUUUGACUUUGUGAAUGAAUGCAAUGAAAAUUGGAAUCACAAUUUGGUAAAGAUGUGUUAAUGUGUUAUCUUUACUGCAUGGUUCUUUAAAUUUCUGUAAUUUCUCUUUGUGCCUUCAGCAUUUCAAACCACCACCAUUUCAUACAGUUCUCAAGAUAGUAAUACAGUCCUCCAUAAUCAGGACAAAGCAGUUGCAUUUUCCACUUUUCUCCUCUCUCUCUCAUUUGUAUGUUUUUGCGUCUUAGCUCAAUCAAUAGGUAUUAGAGAGGUAAACUGAGAAAGUAACUAUUGGGUCUACAGAAAUUUUAUUUUAAAGGACACAUAUUUGUAUAUUAGUAUAUUUUCUUAGGAACUAAUUUUUAUAACUUACAUGCUACACACUAUAACUGGAUACCCAUUCCAGCUUUUUAAUAGAAUUUCACAUCUUUGGUUUUAGUUGGAAGGUUUGGGUGACUUUUUUUUUAAUGUGUGCAUGUCUAAAUCAAACAAGUGUUUAAAAACUGGAUUCUCUGAAGGUACUCCUUCCCUCUGUAACCCCAACUCCACCUCUGUAAAGUACAUUGGCCCCUGACCUACAGAGCAUUCUGGACCUUGACAUAAAUCAGUUUGAAACUAUCAGUUCAUCUUGUAUAAUUUUGCACAAACAGUAGUGUAAUUGUGGAUUGUCUUGGGGAAGUCAUACAGCAAAACUAGCACACGUAUGGUAUAGAUGUACUGAUCGAGGGGGGUUGUUUGGUUCUUUUACUGGGGAGGUGUAUGGCCUUCAGCAGUAACCAGCAGGGUGUCUUUGUGUUCCUACUUGUCAUUUUGUACACUUGUCUAGCACCCUGACUGUAUACAUGUCACUUUCCCAUGUUCCUUGGUAUCUGUGCCUUCCAUUCCUGAUGGUAACAUUUGUGGGGCCAGACUGUGAGUUUCUGAAAAGCCUUCCUCCAGUUUGGAGUUGAGCGCAGAGUGAAAUGCCACAUUGUGUACAUGCUGUAAAUUCCCAAAGCCCUGCUGCCAUUCUGUUUGUCACUGUAUUUGGUGGUACAGAUGUUGUCAGGCUCCCGGCCUGCCUUUAAUCUCACUGGCCUACUAGGCUUUGUACAACCAAAACCAGAAAAUAAGUCAAGGAAUUUUCUGGUCCUCUGAGAGGCCACAGGGAGUAUGUUUAGCUUUAGAUUUUCCAUCAGUGGUCAAGGUUGCAGUUCCCAUAGCUUUAUAAGUGGCAUUACUUUGCAUCAUCAGAGAAGACCAAAAAAAGGUGGGAUGAGGGUAAUGAUGGUACAGAUUUGUCUUUCACUGCAGACAAAACUGGUACUUUGAGAGCACAGCUCCUUCCAAAGACCUGAACAGUAACAGUUCCAGUCAAUGGCUGUCUCUUUACACUGUACCUGUAUGUAUGUAGCGCUGAUCACACCUGUUUUAAUUCUACUCUGAACUGGUCCAGAUGGGUAGAGGCUUUUAUGGGAAACUAAUUUAAUUAGGCCAGGGCAGUUAAGCAAGCAACUGAUUUUUCUCUGGUCACCAAAAAAAUACAUUUCAAAUGUAGGGAGCAGGACCUUUGUGAAAAUUGAAGAUCCAAGACUCAACUCUGUAUGGCUCUGAUAUACUGGAAUAUUUAUGGUAACUUUCAGACUAUUUACUAAGAAAAAAAAAGCUGUUUAAAAGAUCCGUGUGAAGAGGUAAUUUAGGAGAGAAUCAGAAGUGUAGCGAGAAAUUCAAUCGAAACCUAAGAGUUUUAAGACUGUUUGACAGCUAAUGUAAUGAUCAUCCAUUUUUAUUUAGAAAUAUUUUUAAGACUUCUCUGUACAUAUCAAGUUCAGAUACAGUAUAUCA